AUGACAGCUCAGCUUCGCGCCGCCCACCUGCCCUCAGCACCCGACGCCAUCGUGCUGCCCAUGGUGCGCCUCGCCCUCUCCUGCACCGCUUCCGACCCCCUCUCCCGCCCCACUGUCACCGACCUGCUCCGCUCCAUCAAGGCUCUCAAGCGCUCCCUCUCCGCCCUCCCGCGCCCUGCCCUGCCGGCCAACGCAGGGGCAAGCAGGGAUGCUAAGACCGCUGGUGCUGCCGGUGGUGGAGGACUUGGGGAGCAGCAAGGGGGGGAGAUUGGGGAUGGGUCAUCAGGGGGUUUCAUGAUCCCUUGGCUUUACAUUUGCGCGUUCUCCCCGUGCUGCCUGGACUGUCACCCGGGCUUCCUGCGUUACCCGCGUUUUCGUGGCAGCGGCGCUGCUGCAGGAGUGCGAGGCGGCGUGGAACAGGACGUUCAGCGGGACCCAUUCCCUCCACCAUCACGGCUCUCAAGAACCUCGGGGAAUUGUAAAUUUGCACGGGUGCUGCUGUGCAUGGGUGCUGCUGUGCAUGGGUGCUGCUGUGCAUGGGUGCUGCUGUGCAUGGGUGCUGCUGUGCAUGGGUGCUGCUGUGCAUGGGUGCUGCUGUGCAUGGGUGCUGCUGUGCAUGGGUGCUGCUGUGCAUGCGUGCUGCUGUGCAUGGGUGCUGCUGUGCAUGGGUGCUGCUGUGCAUGGGUGCUGCUGUGCAUGGGUGCUGCUGUGCAUGGGUGCUGCUGUGCAUGCGUGCUGCUGUGCAUGCGUGCUGCUGUGCAUGCGUGCUGCUGUGCAUGGGUGCUGCCAUGCAUGGGUGCUGCCAUGCAUGGCAGCAGCAUCACACAAGGAGCCUUGGGUCUUGAACUUAUUAGCCCACCAAUUGCAUGCCCUGUUGUCUGCCCCUCCCAUUUCCCUCUGCAUACUAUCGUGUGUCCACCUGGCAAUGCAUCCCUGUUGCUCGCCAGCGACUUUUCCAGCACUCGCAUAAGUGGCACUAUCCCCAGUACCAUUGGCCGGAUUUCCGGCCUCCAGUACUUAAUCGCCAGCACCAACUUGUCUGGCUCGCUGCCAGCCUCCCUUGGUGCUCUCCGCAAUCUCAUCCAAGUUCUUCCCCGCUACUCUUCCCCGCUACUCUUCCCCGCUACUCUUCCCCGCUACUCUUCCCCGCAACUCUUCCGCGCUACUCUUCCCCGCUACUCUUCCGCGCUACUCUUCCCCGCUACUCUUCCCCGCUACUCUUCCCCGCUACUCUUCCCCGCUACUCUUCCCCGCUACUCUUCCCCGCUACUCUUCCCCGCUACUCUUCCGCACUGCUCUUCCCCGCUACUCUUCCGCGCUACUCUUCCCCGCUACUCUUCCCCGCUACUCUUCCCCGCUACUCUUCCCCGCUACUCUUCCGCGCUACUCUUCCGCGCUACUCUUCCCCGCUACUCUUCCCCGCUACUCUUCCCCGCAACUCUUCCGCGCUACUCUUCCCCGCUACUCUUCCCCGCUACUCUUCCCCGCUACUCUUCCCCGCUACUCUUCCCCGCUACUCUUCCGCGCUACUCUUCUCCGCUACUCUUCCCCGCUACUCUUCCCCGCUACUCUUCCGCGCUACUCUUCCCCGCUACUCUUCCCCGCUACUCUUCCCCGCUACUCUUCCGCGCUACUCUUCCCCGCUACUCUUCCGCGCUACUCUUCCCCGCUACUCUUCCCCGCUACUCUUCCCCGCUACUCUUCCGCGCUACUCUUCCCCGCUACUCUUCCCGCUACUCUUCCCCGCUACUCUUCCCCGCUACUCUUCCGCGCUACUCUUCCGCGCUACUCUUCCCCGCUACUCUUCCCUGCUACUCUUCCCCGCAACUCUUCCGCGCUACUCUUCCCCGCUACUCUUCCCUUCCCCGCUACUCUUCCCCGCUACUCUUCCCCGCUACUCUUCCCCGCUACUCUUCCCCGCUACUCUUCCCCGCUACUCUUCCGCGCUACUCUUCCCCGCUACUCUUCCCCGCUACUCUUCCCCGCUACUCUUCCGCGCUACUCUUCCCCGCUACUCUUCCCCGCUACUCUUCCCCGCUACUCUUUCCGCGCUACUCUUCCCCGCUACUCUUCCGCGCUACUCUUCCCCGCUACUCUUCCCCGCUACUCUUCCCCGCUACUCUUCCGCGCUACUCUUCCCCGCUACUCUUCCCCGCUACUCUUCCCCGCUACUCUUCCCCGCUACUCUUCCGCGCUACUCUUCCGCGCUACUCUUCCCCGCUACUCUUCCCUGCUACUCUUCCCCGCAACUCUUCCGCGCUACUCUUCCCCGCUACUCUUCCCCGCUACUCUUCCCCGCUACUCUUCCCCGCUACUCUUCCCCGCUACUCUUCCCCGCUACUCUUCCGCGCUACUCUUCCCCGCUACUCUUCCCCGCUACUCUUCCCCGCUACUCUUCCCCGCUACUCUUCCGCGCUACUCUUCCCCGCUACUCUUCCGCGCUACUCUUCCCCGCUACUCUUCCCCGCUACUCUUCCCCGCUACUCUUCCGCGCUACUCUUCCCCGCUACUCUUCCCCGCUACUCUUCCCCGCUACUCUUCCCCGCAACUCUUCCCCCCUACUCCCCCAUACUCCCUUGCCUUUUCACCUUUUCCAGAGUCACCCCUGUAGGGGUGACAUGCGGCAGGGCUGGCAGCAGCUGUGAGAUUCAGCAGAACGCCUCCUCCUUCUUCUGCCGGGUUCUCUGCUUUGACUUCUGUGCCUCCUGCAUCCCUCUCAACGCAUCCCGUGUCUUCGGCAAUCGCUCCCGCUGUCCCAAGUUCCCCAUGUCUCUCGUGGCACAAGCAACGGGUGGGUGGAGUGAGGAUAGCAGCAUUGGCACCAGCAGCAGCAGUGGGGGCACCAGCAGCAGCAGUGGAGGGCAGAGGUACAAGGCAGUGAGUCCUCUCGAAGCGCGCCAGGUGUGGUUCGUUGUGAGGCGCGGCAACGACGAGCUUUCCACAGACUUCCAGAAAGAGGUGGCCUCGCUUUGGUCCAUCCGCCAUACCAACCUGCAGCGACUGCUGGGGUAUUGCUGGGAGAAGCGUGACAGUGACACGCCUGCUGCUUCUGCUGCUGAUGCUGGUUCUGCUGGUUCCGGUGCUGCUGCUGCUGCUGCUGCUGCUAAUAUUGCUAGGAGUACUAGUCCUAAUAGUGCUAAGAGUGCCAGUGCUGAUACUGUUAAGAGUGCUACCGCUGAUAACGUUGAGAGUGCUCGUGCUAAUUCUGCUGCUGCUGCUGCUGCCAGUCAUGCGGUGGAACAAGCAGAGGAGCAGGUGCUAGUAUUUGAGUGGGUGUCAGGAGGCAAUCUGCACAGCCGCCUUGUUGCAGGUACGUUCACUCUUGGCCCCCCUUGCCCUCUCCUUACUCUCUCCAUGCCUAUCCCUCCCUCCAUGACUCUGCCUCUCUGCUUGCUGAUUGCACUCCAGCCACUGCCGGUGUUUCUUUACUCUGCUCCUCUCUGUUCCCCUCUGUCCCAAUUCUCCCAUCUCCUCCCCUCUCUCACCCCCUCACCCUCUCCUCCCCUCUCUCAACCCCUCUCCCCCUCCUCCCCUCUCUCUCUCAAUUCUGAAACACCACUUACUUCCCCCUCUCCUGUCCUGGCUGGUUGCAUGGCCGUGAAAAUGGGCGACCCGCUCCCAUCCAUCCCCACAGCAGCAGCAGCAUCAGCAACAGCAGCAGCAGCAUCAGCAACAGCAGCAGCAGCAUCAGCAACAGCAGCAGCAACACCAUCAGCAGCACCACCUGCAGGUGCACCAUCAGCACCACCAUCAGCAUCAGCAGGUGCAUCGGUGGCAUCAGCAGGAAGGGUCACACGGCCACCAGCCAACCAUGCAUACAUGGACCCGAUCCUGCAUGCCUCUGCUCGCACCACACCUACCACUGAUGUUUUCAGCAUUGGAGUGGUGAUGCUGCAGCUCAUCACUGGACGCCCUGCCUUGAUCUCAAAAGAUGCUGGCAACGGUCGGCAAGGCAACAGCUCUGGCACCCCUGGCGGCAGUAGCAGCAACAGCAGCAACAGCUACAACAGCAGCAGCAGCAUGAGCAGCGGCUUCAGUGACAGCAGCUCUGUGCACAUUCGGGACUGGGCACAGCACAUGGUAUCGCGCAACAUCACGGCCAACCUGCGCGCGGCCCACCUGCCCUCAGCACCCGACGCCAUCGUGCUGCCCAUGGUGCGCCUCGCCCUCUCCUGCACCGCUUCCGACCCCCUCUCCCGCCCCACUGUCACCGACCUGCUCCGCUCCAUCAAGGCUCUCAAGCGCUCCCUCUCCGCCCUCACGCGCCCUGCCCUGCCAGGCCACACAGGGGCGAGCGGGGAUGGUGACUCCGCCAGUGCAGCGGGCAGUGGGGGCGCUGAAGAGCAGCAGGGUGGGGAGAUUAGGGAUGGUCUUUCUGGGUGUUUCAGUCAGAAUGCGUUAGAUGCAAAGCUAGAUUGGCUCAUAAGGGAAGAUGAUAGAGGUAGGUUUGUGACAGAUGUGUAG